AUGGACCGAAAAAGACUGGAACUAGUGAAGCCUGGUCGGAUAGAUCAUCUUGAAAGAAGGUGGCUAUUGUUACUUAUUGGCGCUAUUGCAGAUCAUGGACUCAAUUUUUCUUCGAGAUGGAGGUUCAGUUCUGUAGGCCUGACACAGGAAACGUACCGACGGCGGGCGUUGACGGUUUCGAACACGCCGGAAGGGAGACCCGCAAAUGAAUACCGCGAACGCACGCGAGACCGCGACAGAAAAUGUUUAAUAACAGGUCUCGAAUCAUACACCUGGACCCAAUCACGCGCAGCCCACAACACUCAUCUUUCUGGAUGGCUUCAUAAAAGGUUCUACGAGCACAUCAAUGACCCCGGCGGCACACCCUCCCUUCAAGCUCAAGUUGAUCAGCUCGGCAGACCUACCAACAAAUCAAAAAUCGACUCAAUCCAAAACGUCUUCCUACUCCGCGCAGACCUCCAUGAAAGCUGGGACGACUUCAAGUUUGGCAUCAACCCCGAUGCCCCAAUCAUAUCUCGAAUCCGCACAUACGACCACUUGAUCUUCUAUGUAUGCAAGAAUCACUUCUUUCAAUGCGUCUUGAAGAACAUGAAGGGUGCAGGGGAGCCAACAUCGGACUAUGAAGAUGCCUUGGGUGAUGGCGGGUUCGACUCAUCGAGGCAAGAUUUCUGGGGAGAUGCUCAAGGCAGAAAGGCACGAGGUAGGGCUUCGCAACCGACUUUUUGGACACCAAAGUAA